CUAGUGGGUGUUACCUAACAUUCCCUUAUUCUUAUUAUUCCUAGCUACUUAGGGAGUUAGGUACCCCAAUCUUUAUAUAAAAAGUAAAUAACCAUCUACUAUAAAUUAGCUUCAAUUCUUCAUGAAGUAAUCAUCCUCCAAUCAAAGCCAUUAUAUCCCUGCAUCAUACGUUAUUUGUGUCCUGCAGGUGCAGGAAGCUCUCCAGCUAGUUUCUUUCCUUCAGGAUUUUCAUCACCCAGGCGUAAGCGAGCGUGUCUACUCUUGAGAAUGGAAUCCGUUGCAAGGUCUGACAGUCUUAAGUUUGACUGCCUGUUGUUUGAUAUGGAUGACACUUUGUAUCCUCUUAGCUCAGGUGUCAACCUAGCUUGUCGCAAAAAUAUACAAGAGUAUAUGUUGCAUCACCUAAAUAUUGAAGAAACUGAAGUGCCAAAGAUGUGCUUGGACCUAUAUAGGGAGUACGGCACAACAAUGGCAGGCUUGAAGGAGCUAGGAUACGAAUUUGACAACGACAAGUUUCAUGAAUUUGUGCAUGGAAGAUUGCCGUAUGAGGUACUAAAACCUGAUCCACUUCUGAGGAACCUCCUCCUUUCCAUGCCACAACGCAAAAUUAUAUUCACAAACGGGGAUAAAGCACAUGCAAUACGAGUGCUGAGUAGGUUGGGGCUAGGAGAUUGUUUUGAAGGUAUUAUAUGCUUUGAAACUUUGAAUCCUCCAUUGGAGGAUACUACUGAUGAUGAGGCUGCUAGUCGUCGUUCUCGUAUUUUAUGCAAGCCUUCACUGGAAGCAAUGGAGGCUGCUAUUCGGAUUGCAAAUCUUGAUCCAAACAAAACUAUAUUUUUCGAUGAUAGCGCUCGGAACAUAGCAAGUGGUAAACAAGCUGGAUUACACACGGUUGUUGUGGGGAGCUCAACGUUGGUGGCAGGGGCAGAUCAUGCCUUGAGGAGCAUACACAACAUAAGAGAAGCCCUUCCUCAAAUAUGGGAAGAAGGAGGAGAAUACUCACAGCAAAUUAUCCAAUCCAAUAACGCUGCUGAAUUAACUGUCGUGCAAGCAUAAUAACCUAUGUACUCUACGUGCAUCGACACUUUGAUUUGAUGAAUUUCAAUAAAGAUCUACGUGCAACGAAAUAAGCCAUGCAUUAUAUGUAUGGAAUAAAUGUGUUUUAAACAUAGAGAACUAUAAAAAAAAAAAAAGGCAAUUGCUAUAAUCUACAACGAGUUUGAGUUAA